CUGAAAAUAUUUAUGGUGCUGCCUCAUGUGGACUACUGUCUGCAGUUCUGGUUACCCUACACUGAAAAAAAGAUUGCAGAGCUGGAAGAAAAAACUGAAGAGGGCAUCCAAGAUGAUUGAGGAGUUGAAGAACCUUUUCACUGAGAAAGCUCGAAGAAUCUGGGAAUUUUGAGUUUAGAUAAAACGUGGAAUUAACUGUCAGGAUGUACUGAUAGUCACAAGAACAGACAAUUUUAAAGGGGGAUCAGGCAGAUCCAUGGUAGAUAGAUCUGUCAGGGGCUACCAACCAUAGGGACUACAGGGAACCUCUGAAUACCAGCGCCAGGAGGCAACAUCUGGGAAAGGCCUCAAGCCCUGUAGUUGGCCCUCCAUAGUAACUGGCCCCUGCGUGAGUUGGGAUGCUGAACUUGAUGGUCUAUCGGCCUGGUCCAGCAAGGCUCUUCUUAGGUUCUCAAGAGCUAUUUGCUGGUAAACUGAACGUGGAACCGAUUAGGAGCAGGAGGCGCAGAGAUGUAGCACCCGCACCCUGACAAUAACGCAGCCCCAACCGGAUCCAGCGAUUUCGCAGAGCCCUGCAAGGCUGGCCGCUCCCCCAUUCCGUACCCUUGGAUAAACAACGCCCCUCUGUGGGAGGCCUCUCCUAACAACCUCCCUCAGACCCUCACAAGAGCAAGCACCACAGCCUCGACCCCGUUGCCGCGCAGCACUGAGAUGCACACCCGAGCUAGAACUCGGUGUCAAAGGACAAGGCCAAAGCCCCAUGUCGUCAUUUGCCCGGAGAGCCCAACCAGACUGCCCCCUCACAACAGAGACCAACCCAGCGAUCUUCUCAGGACCCAGUUCCGACCAGGCACCUCAGCAGGGCAACCGCAUCACGUGCCAUCAGACCACGCCCUCAUCAUGACGUCCCUCGCACGCAGACUCUGCGGAGAGGAGGGAAUGGCGAACGAAGGGAGGACUUUUCCCCGCUCAAACCCGAGACGAAGCCCCGCCCACACCUUCGAGCCACGCCCAUCCCCGCGCGCAGGGGUCCCGCGCGAGGCCGCGCUCCCUGUUGUCAUGACGUCGCCUUUUGGCCGUUGCCGGAACGCCGAGGCGGCCUCUGCCCACCUGCCGCCGCCCAGCUACCUCCUGGCCAGUUUAAAGGCGGACUGCUUGAACAAGCCCUUUGCGCAGCGAUGCCACGACCUGGCCGUCGUCAUCGAAGACUUUCCCGCGAAGGAACUGCAUGCCAUCUUCCCCUGGUUGGUGGAAAGCAUCUUUGGCAGUUUGGAUGGCAUAAUUCUAGGUUGGAACCUUCGUUGUUUACAAGGAAGAACAAACCCUAAUGAGUACAAUAUUGCCCUUGACUUUCUUGACCCUGGUGGCCCAAUGAUGAAGCUGGUUUACAAGCUCCAAGCUGAAGAAUACAGAUAUGAUUUCCCUGUGUCUUAUCUUCCAGGGCCAGUGAAAGUUUCAAUACAAGAACGGAUUUUACCUGAAUGUUCUCUAUACCAUAACAAAGUCCAGUUUCCUCCAUCUGGAGGCCUGAGUUUAAACUUGAUCCUUAAUCCGUUUGAAUAUUGUAUGUUCUACUUUGCAAUAAGCCUUAUCACACAAAGGAACAUCCCCAUGACCUGUCAUGUAAGCACUUCAAACAGUGCUUACUUUGUUCUGGUGGACAGGUACUUGAAGUGGUUCUUGCCUACAGAAGGAAGUGUCCUUCCACCCCCUUCUUCUGAUAUCGGAGGGCACCCAUCACCUGCUCCAAGAUCACCUGCAAUGUCUUUCACCUCUUAUGGGAUGCAUCCCACAAGCCUUCUGAAAAGGCAUGUUGCUCAUCAGCCUUCAGUGAAUGCAGAUCCUGCUUCCCAAGAGAUCUGGAGAUCAGAGACUUUGCUUCAGAUCUUUGUUGAAAUGUGGCUUCAUCAUUACUCCCUGGACAUGUAUCAGAAAAUGCAGUCCCCUCACAUCAAGCUGGAGGUUCUGCACUACCGGCUCAGUAUGUCCAGUAUUCACCACAGUAGUCCUGCCCAAUCCAGCUACCAGGCCCUCCAUACAUAUCAAGAGUCAUUUAAACCCACUGAGGAGCACGUGUUGGUGAUCCGGUUGCUUGUGAAGCACCUACAUGCUUUCAGCAACAGCCUGAAGCCAGAGCCAGUUUCUCCUUCGGCCCAUUCCCACACAGCCAGUCCUCUGGCAGAAUUCAAGAGGAUUGUGAUUCCCCGAUUCGUUCAACAGAAGCUCUACAUCUUUCUGCAGCACUGCUUUGGCCACUGGCCUCUGGAUGCCUCUUUUAGAGCUGUUCUAGAGAUGUGGUUAAGCUACUUGCAGCCUUGGAGAUAUGCCCCUGAGAAGCCACCUUUGAGUGCAGAGUCUCAGCCUCGCAGUGUGUCAGAGAAAUGGGCUCCCUUCAUUCAGGAGAACUUGCUGAUGUAUACCAAGCUCUUUGUUGGCUUCUUGAAUCGAGCUCUUCGCACAGAUUUGGUCAGCCCAAAGAAUGCUCUCAUGGUGUUCAGAGUAGCCAAGGUCUUUGCUCAGCCCAACCUUGCUGAAAUGAUCCAGAAAGGAGAGCAGCUCUUUCUAGAAACAGACCUUGUUGUUCCUCCACGCCAACACCGUCUGUUUAUAAGCCCCUCUCUUGGAGGGAGCUUUCUGUCAUCCCGAACUCCAACCAUCACAGAUGUUUCAUUUAAAGUGAAGAGUCAUGUUUAUAGCCUGGAAGGGCAGGACUUCCAGUACAAACAGAUGUUUGGACCAGAAGUCAGGAAUCUGGUGUUACGACUGGCUCAGCUAAUUGGUCAGGCCCAGCAGACAGCCAAAUCCAUAUCAGACCACUCCACUGAGGCCAUAAAUAGCCAGUCCUUUCUUUCCUGGUUCCGGUUUGGCCCAGCUGAUUUGAAUGGCUCCUAUACAGGCAAUGACUUGGAUGAAAUUGGACAAGACAGCAUCAAGAAAACAGAUGAAUACUUGGAAAAGGCUCUGGAAUACUUAUGCCAGAUAUUUCGGUUGAAUGAAGCUCAACUGAAUCAACUAAUGCAAAAUUGGGGAGCAGCUCAAGAUGAGAAUGGAAAGAAACAGCUUCCAGACUGCAUCGAGAACGAAGAUGGAUUAAUUCUGACACCACUUGGCAGGUACCAGAUCAUCAAUGGUCUGCGCAGGUUUCCAGUGGAGUAUCAAGGAGACCCUGAGCUACAACCUAUCAGAAGUUAUGAAAAUACCACUCUUGUGCGACUGUUGUUUCAGCUUUCCUCAGCAAUCAACAGACGGUUUGCAGGUUCAAUGGAGGCUCUGUGUGCUAAGGAAGGCUUUCUUGGCAGCUUUUGCCGCUAUCAUCUUUGCAACCCCAGCCUAGUAGAGAAGGCUAAACACAGCCCCCUGAGCAAGCAGAAGCCAGGACAAAUCCGACAGCCAAGAAUCAGCCUGAGAUUUCUGGCUAGCUACAGAACUCUCCUUUACUUGCUUCUGAUAUACUUCAUUGCCUCUUGGUUCUGCAUUGGUCCAGCAGCCUGCAGCUUUCUACUUUUCAUUGGAUAUCUUUUUUAUGCAGUACUCAUGACUUUCUUCACUGAAAAGAGGAAGCCUCAUCAAUCUUGAUGUUUUGUGAAAUUUGUUUUCUGCCUGAAUCCAAUGAUAAACCAACAAGAGUGGCUCUUUGGAUGAACAGCUUUGGCAAUUUUUGGAACCUAAAAUAUUUUUAAUCAAGUAAAACACUUGAAAUCAGAAGGCUGUACCUUCAUGACUGACAAAUCUAUACAAUUUGUUUUGAUAAACUUUUUUUAAAAUAAAAAACACAGG